AUGUGUACUAUAUCCUCGGCGAUCCGAGAGGUUUCGGUUGGAGUCGCCAUAACCGAGCCGGUAACUUGGACGCCCAACGAGGCCUCUAUGGACGGAACCCUGGACCGGGAUAAUAUUUCACAAGCGUCUGUUGAAAUUGCUUCUACCAACUCCUCUGAGCCAGGUAUCGCAAUGACCCCGAGAUUGACGUUUGUUUUGGAGUGGUAA